AUGUAUUCCGGGCAUUUCAGAUCAUGGAUACCCCUUAUGUUUUCGACGAUUGGCAAAAGAGGUUUUCGUCGAAAAACUCCAGAGUGGAAUCAAUUCGCCAAGUUCUUCAUCACUUACCUCCAAAGAGCUAACAACUUUGCAGAUGAAGUGUUGAGAGAUGUCUCAAAUGAAGAAAAUGAAACACCACAGUGGAGAAGUACUCUUGAUGUCAAUUCUAUCAUUUCUCUUAUCAAAGAAGAGCCUGUACUCGAUUAUGGUUCCGCUCUGGCUGAUAAACAAAAAUUCUCUAAAAUUGCAGCCGAUCAGCUCGGGGAUUGUAUUAGCAAGCUUCUGAAGAGUGUUAGCGAGAUGAAAUCAAAUGUUCGAGCCCCAGUACGUGGUGGAAGUUUACCGAAUCGCAAAGCUCAAUAUGCCAAAAUCUCUCGAGAACCUAUUGCCAAGGAAAUUUCAGAAAUUUCUACAAAAGUAAACUUAAAGAGCCUCUUAUUCUAUCCCGUGUUGCAGGCAACUGAUAUUGGUCUGGACGAGCGAAAAUAUGCUAACAGAUCAAGUAAACAAGUAAUAGAGCCUUCUCCAAAAUGCGAAAGCUCUAACGAAAGUGGGCCUACGUUCAUCACAGCAAGACAGCAGCUGCUAAUAGACAGCCAAAAACAGGGUGGACAUUCAGCUUCACCAUACGCUAAAUCAGAAGUUGUUAAAAAGUCCUUGGGAAGUCGAGGCCCUCGAAUGGCUUUCGUCCCACCUUUCGCAAGGUCAAAGGACGAGAAUCAACAACCACAACCAACAAACAGUGGAGCAACCGCCACAGCACCUCAACCAAUAUGCCCAUCUGCUAAUGAUAGCACAAUUGUCGACGAACGGCUCAAGCAAUUUGAUCAAAAGAUCAUUGACCUCAUCAUGAGUGAGAUUAUGGACUCCGACACCAAGAUAACAUGGGAUGACAUAGCUGGACUGCACAGUGUUAAGACAACUUUGAAAGAAGUUGUUGUGUUCCCUAUGCUUCGACCAGACAUAUUUACCGGCUUGCGUGGUCCACCCAAGGGUUUACUUCUAUUCGGUCCACCAGGAACAGGCAAGACCCUGAUUGGAAAGUGCAUCGCCUCCAUUAGUAAAUCAACUUUCUUUAGUAUAAGCGCAUCCUCUCUCACUUCAAAAUGGGUUGGCGAUGGUGAGAAAAUGGUUAGAGCUUUGUUUACUAUUGCUCGGAUGCACGCCCCGGCAGUAAUUUUCAUUGAUGAAGUUGAUUCACUUCUUUCUCAACGUAGUGAAACCGAGCAUGAAUCCAGCCGUCGCAUCAAGACCGAAUUUCUUGUUCAACUGGAUGGCGUUUCCACAGGUUCUGAGGAGCGUUUGCUACUUAUCGGAGCUACUAAUAGACCACAGGAACUGGAUGAAGCGGCUAGAAGACGUUUUGUAAAACGACUCUAUGUGCCUCUACCUUGUGAAGAAGCUAGAAGGGAAAUAGUUGGGCGUUUGAUCAAACAACAAAAGCACAGCCUAACACCAGAUGAUCUUGAUAUAAUUGCUGCGAAAUCUGAGGGAUUUUCUGGUGCUGAUGUGGCAAACCUCUGCAGAGAGGCUGCUAUGGGCCCAAUAAGGGGAUUGCCGCUUGAAGUGAUUGAAUCGAUAUCAGCGCAGGACGUGCCCUCUGUUGGGAUGAGCGAUUUUCUCGCUGCCUUCAGGCACGUGAAGGCUAGCGUCUCACCCAAUGAUUUGAAACAGUACAUCUCCUGGAAUCAACAGUACGGAAGCUUUCAAAUUUGA